AUGCAGGCCAGUGCCGCCGUUCUCUUUACCCGCGACGGCUACAUUCUUCAGGUUGCAGUCAGCCCACAGCUAGAGCCUACUUUGCCCGCGGAUGAGUUUAUUUCCAUAGCACGCUUUGCUUCAUUUCUUCUUAUUUCAGGAGAGUCUCGCGUGACAAAUGCAAGGAUUCGCAAGUACUAUGCCAUUGUAUCAUCUAUAGGCCACGUAGGAUGUGUGCUAUUAUACAUAUCUCCACUAGCAACAGAUGCCGUCCAGUAUGCCUUGGUCCAAUCGGUAUUCCUUUUGUCAAUGGUUCAUCACUACUCUGGCCCUACCAUCAUCAGUAUAUCUGAGUACAUUGAGUACUUCAAUUCUCAGUAUGAGCAGAAGAUGACUGCGUCUCAACCUUCUGAGGCACUCGGCUCUGAGAGCGUUUUGAGUCUGAGUACCGCAUCAACUAUUCAACCAUUGUCUUCUCCUGUGAGAAGAUUUUACACUUGUCAGCCCAUCUAUCCCAAGAUACGGAAACAUUUCAGGCACGAAACUUUGGAUUACUUUACUCGUUUAGCCUUCCUUACCUGCCUAACCCCGCCUCGCUCGGCCAGGAAUUUGUUGUGUCAAAGAAAUGUCCAUGACAAAGAACUUUUUAUUCUUAACUUAUCGUCUUGUCUUGGUCUUGUUUACGUGGUGUUGCCAUAUUCGGCGUCCCGGAGUGGGUGUAUUCUGAGGCUUGUAGGUGAGAGACUGAAGUGGACUCUCCAACAGAAUCCAGGACUCAGCGCGGAGAUAGGUUAUUUGUGCUGUCUUUCUAGUCAGGUCAGCUGGUGUUAUCAGGACAACCCUACUGAUGAAGCUGGUCUUGUGCCUUCCACAGCCUACUUGUGCAACUCUUAUCAGCUGGUCACCCAGCCCUGUCGGUUUGUAGGGCCAUCAUUAUUGGAUAAUGACGAGUCGACCGAUAACCAGCCGCCAUGCUCAUUUUAUCUUUGCUUGGCUGCACUUUUGACGCGAGAGUCACUAAAGGAUGUGGAGAUUUUAGAAUACGUUACAGCAACAUCGGCCAGACUUCAACUCACACCUUUUGAAACGCAUAAGCAGUUAUUUCAACUUGCUAUUAUGUUGUGCCAUCCGUUCCACGACGAGGCCCGAGCGAUCAAAGAGAGGCCAGAACGAGUGCCUACAGCUUCCGCAGUCACAGUCAUUCCUACGCAGCCCCCACUCUUUGCGAAGAAGGCCGUCUCUGGGACCAUUGCGCUAGGAUCGACAAUACCUCAUGGAGCGAAUAAGAAAUCAAGCUCGGAGUUGACUGUGAAUAGCAAAGGAAGCAGGGUCAGCAUCGUAGGCAUCAGUGACUCAUCCAACAGCACCGGUUCAAACAUACGAUUUACUACAGAUGACGAGAAGGUCACGGCGGCCAAGCCUCUUAAAGUUCCUCGACACCGCUAG